AUGGAUAUCUCAACACGACGUUUAACCUUGCAAGAUACUACAGGUCAAACUACCAUCACUUCACUCAUUCAAUCGAACAAUACAUCAUGUUGUACAGUCCGACUACUCGAUCAAAUUACUAUUCCACCACAUUCCGAAUCUGUUAUCAAAGCCACAAUACAUCUUCCAGAUAGUUCAAAUUUGUUGUUUGAACCGUCUUCCAGUUUUAGUCAAAAAGCAGUAGUACUUCCAACAGCUUUAAUCAAGGUGACUAAUUCUCAAACACACUUAACUAUUAUCAAUACCACCAAUCAUCCCUAUAUUUUACCUUCAAAUACGUGUCUCGGUACUGUUUCUUCAUCAUUACUCAUAUGUGCAACAACAUCACCAUACCAAUCUCCGUCGACACAAUCUCGAUCACCAAAAAUUCGUCAUUAUUCUUCGAAUUCGUCACAUAAAUGCUACGUCUGUCAUCAGAAAUUUUUAUCACAAAACAAUCUUUUUCAUCAUCUUCGUGUACAAUGCUAUCCACGAGAAUUACGACAUCAAAUUGAAACAUUAACACAACACAUCGACUCCACCUCGCAUCGCAAAAAAAUUCAAGAUGUCCUUUGGAAAUACGGUAAACUGUUUGAUCUACAUCAACCAUCAAAAAUCGAUAUCGUUCUCGAUCAUGUGAUCGAUACCGGUCAACAUCGACCAAUCUAUACUCCACCUUAUCGACGUUCACCUCACGAUCAUCAAACUAUUACCGAAGAAACAGACAAACUGUUAAAACAAGAUAGUAUCGAGCCAUCAACAUCAUCUUGGUGCUCACCUGUCAUUCAUUUUCCGUUACCUCGCAUCGAUGAUAUUUUCGAUCAACUGUCUCAAUCCACAUAUUUCACUACAUUAGACUUUAAAAACGGCUAUUUUCAAAUUCCAUUAGCAAUUCAUGAUCGUCCUAAAACGGCAUUUUCCACGCGCGAUAAUCAUUAUCAAUUCAAAGUCCUUCCUCAAGGUGUAAAAAAUGGUCCACCUACAUUCCAACGCAUCGUAAACCAAAUUUUAGGUCCUGCUCGAUGGAAACAUUGUCUAGCGUAUCUAGAUGAUGUAGUCAUUUUUUCGAGCACUUUUGACGAUCAUGUUUCUCAUUUGGAUGAAAUCUUUAAUUUACUUCACACACACAAUUUUCGUCUAAGCUUCGAGAAAUGUACCAUCGCUACUGAUAGCAUCAAUUAUCUGGGUCUUCACAUUUGUCGUGGAGAAAUUCGUCCAAAUAAUGAUAAUAUACGAGGUCUGUUGGAAACUCCAACGCCAACAACAUCAAAAGAGAUUUUUCGUUUUUUAAAAGACGCCGAAUACUACCGUAAAUUCAUCCCCAACUUUUCUCGUAUUGCUAGUCCUUUAUAUAAAUAUAAUCCUUCCAACUCUAAACAUCCAUCCAAUGCUAAACCUACAAUUUUCAUAUUAUCGGCUGAUGAACAAGCUGCUUUCGAGCAAAUCAAACACAUUCUCACUACCGACCUUGUUCUUCGACUCCCCAAUAAUGCGCUUCCUUUUAAAAUACAAACAGAUGCUUCACAACUUGGUAUCGGUGCUGUUCUAUUACAAGCCUAUCCUGAAGGUGAUCGUCCUAUAUGCUAUAUGUCUAAGAAACUUACACCUGCUCAACAACGCUGGUCUCCUAUUGAACAGGAGUGUUAUGCAAUCGUCAAAGCUGUUGAAUUGUGGCGUCCCUAUUUACACGGUAAUCAUUUCAUCUUAGAAUCUGAUCAUAAACCAUUAGAAGCACUCAUGCGUAAAUCUCAAAUAAACGACAAAUGUGAACGAUGGCGUUUACGGCUACAAUCAUACAACUUCACAAUAAAACACAUCAAAGGUAAAUCAAACACCAUGCCUGAUUAUCUAUCUCGAUCACCAGUGGAUCACGCUGAAGAUGACCUUGACGAUAAAGUUAUGCCAACUUUUGUCUCUAUUAGUACUCAAACUGAUACAAGUGAUCACGACACUUUUCCAACAUCAUCAAUUGUUGGCAUGGUCACUACUCGUUCUCGUUCUUGUCAAUUACCACAAUCCGAUAAUCAUAUUACCACUCCACCAAAUACCAAUCGUUCUGACGUUCAAGAUUCUCAAUCAGCGUCAUCAACUUCUACAACUACUACAUAUAAUUCACGCAUCGGAUAUACUGGUGAUAUUGAUCAAUUGAAACAAGCACAACAGAAGGACCCUGAUCUACAAUACAUAACGCAUCAUCUUAAUGAUAAUAAGUAUAUUAACUCUUAUCUUUUACAAGAUGGUCUCUUAAUGCAUUAUGAACAACACUCAAAACCUGUUCCAUGUGUUCCAAAAGGAGAAAUUCGAAAUGAUAUUAUGAAAAUCUAUCAUGAUACUCAAGCUAACGGCGCACACUUCGGUCGUGACAAAACUAUAAUGAAAAUCAAAGCUCGAUACUAUUGGAAUACCAUGAACAGCGAUAUAACUAAUUAUGUUAAGUCAUGUAUUCGUUGUAAUCAAAAUAAUCCUAUUCGCUACAAACCUCCUGGUCAUUUGAAACCAAUCGAACCACCGGAAGGAGUUUGGCACUUAUUAUCAAUGGACUUUCACGGACCAAUUACUCCUACUAGUCGACGUGGCAACAAAUACAUUAUUUCAAUCACUGACAUUCUCUCCAAAUUCGUUAUUGCAAAAGCAGUUCGUGAUUGUACUGCUGAUACUGCUGCUCGAUUUCUUCAAGAAGAGGUUAUCUGUAAAUACGGCACACCGAAAUGCGUUCUUACAGAUAAUGGUACUCAUUUUACAUCAACUAUGAUGGAACAUCUACUCAAACGUCUCGGUAUCACUCAUUUGUACGCAACACCAUAUCAUCCUCAAACUAAUGGUCAAAUUGAGCGUUUCAAUAGCACGAUGGAUGCAAAAAUUGCUGCCUUAUCUAAUCAAAAUCGAUCUGAUUGGGAUGAUAACCUUCCAUUUGUCAUCUUUAAUUAUAACACAAGUUAUCAUUCCACUACUAAAACUAUUCCAUUCGAACUUAUGUAUGGACGUUCACCUGUUCUACCAUUCGAUCUACAAAACCCAAACGUUUCCCUCCAACAGUCAUCUCACUACUCUCAGAACAUGCGUCAAUGCAUAUCACAUCUAACGAACAAUGCGAAAACAAAUAUCAUUCAUGCACAACAUCAAUACAAAUCUAGAUAUGAUACCAAUCGCUCAAAUCCUACAUAUUCCAUCAACGAUUUAGUUCUUAUAAAAAAUAUUCAUUCACGCCACAAAUUUGAUAUUCGAUAUGAAGGUCCAUUUCGGAUUAUACGUCGUCUUGGUGUUAAAACAUAUCUUGUUCAACAUGUGAAACUACUUGCUUUGACAAGACAAGUAACAGUUGAUCUACUUAUUCCGGUCUCAAUUAGAUAG